GGAAUGCUGUAAGGAAAAUAUUUAGGUUAGAUAUCAUGGGCGAGGAGAUGAUCAAUCCCUCUAGGAAGGGGAACCACUCCUUUCUGACAUCUUUCUUUCUCAUCUUUCUUUUCUCAUCUUUACAAUUUCAGCUAUCCACCUCUGUAAAAGUUGAAGAUUUCAAGAAGUGUACGGAUGCCGCGUUUUGCAAUCGGCUCCUCGGCACAAGGGACGAGGGAUACUAUAUUGAUCCUGCUUCUGUACAAUUCUCUGGGCCAUCAGUGACCGCCAGACUUCUUAACAAAGCCAAGGGAACGGACGUGACGCUGACUAUGAAGGCGUACAAGGGAUUUGUGCGGCUUCUGGUAAAUGAGGACGCCUCAAAGAAACGAUUCGAGGUGCCCGGCGUGCUCAUGCACGAUCUGGGAAGCAGGGAAGCGAUCUGGUCUAAAAAGGCGCAAACUGCACAGUCCUUGCUGCUGCAACUUGAGGACGCGGAGAUGCAGCUGCAGUACAGUCCAUUUCAGAUUGGCAUCUCCAUCAAAGGGAAGCCAGUCAUGUCGUUCAACGGGCGCCAGAUGUUCAAUUUCGAGCAUUUAAGACAGAAGCAGGAAGGAGAUCCAGAGGGAUGGUGGGAGGAAACGUUCAAGGGCCAUGUUGACUCAAAACCCAGGGGCCCAGAGGCGAUAUCCUUUGAUCUCGAGUUCCCAGAUACGCAGCACGUGUAUGGGCUGCCAGAGCAUGCAACAAGCCUCUCCCUGAAUCCCACCGUAGACCUCGCUGACAAUGCUACAUCAGAGCCGUAUAGACUUUACAAUCUGGAUGUCUUCGAAUAUGCACCUGAGUCUCCAUUUGGCCUCUAUGGCUCAAUCCCUUUCCUCUGGGCUCAAAAGCUGGGAGUUGCUGUCGGCGCCUUCUGGCUCAAUGCAGCAGAGAUGUAUGUGGACGUGGGAAAGACUGAGGAAGGCACUUUCACGAACUGGGUUGCAGAGAGUGGAAUCCUUGACUUGUUCUUGCUGUUGGGGCCAACUCCUGCAAAGGUCUCAGAGCAAUACGCCCAGAUCACCGGCGCCACUGCGCUGCCCCAGUAUUUUGCACUGGGGUACCACCAGUGCCGCUGGAACUACCGGGAUGAGGCGGAUGUGCGCCAGGUGGACGCCGGCUUUGAUGCAUAUGACAUCCCCUAUGAUGUCAUCUGGCUGGACAUUGAGCACACCGACGGGAAGAGGUACUUCACCUGGGACAAGAGCCUCUUCCCAGACCCGGUGAAGCUGCAGGAGGAUGUGGCGUCGCACGGGCGGAAGGUUGUGACCAUCAUCGACCCCCACAUCAAGCGAGAUCCAGGGUACUACAUCUACCAGGAGGCGGAGCAGAACCACUACUUUGUCAGAGACAAGGAUGGCAAGGACUUUGACGGGUGGUGCUGGCCUGGAUCAUCCUCCUACCUGGACAUGCUGAACCCAGAAGUGCGCGCUUGGUGGGCUCAGCAGUUUGCCCUCUCAAAGUACAAGGGGUCCACGCCCAACCUGUACGUCUGGAAUGACAUGAACGAGCCCAGCGUCUUCACUGGCCCUGAGAUCACAAUGCAAAAGGACAACUUGCACUGGCGAGAGGUGGAGCACCGCAACCUGCAUAACCUCUAUGGCGCUCUAUUCCAUCAAGGAACUGCCGAGGGGCUCAUUGAGCGCGGCAAGGCAGUGUAUGGCUCGGAUGCAGACAGGCCGUUUGUACUCAGCCGUGCAUUCUUUGCUGGCACUCAGCGCGUUGGGCCCAUCUGGACAGGUGACAACUGCGCCGACUGGAAACACCUGCGCGUCUCGCUCCCCAUGAUCAUGUCUGUUGGCAUUGCCGGCCUCCCUUUCAACGGCGCUGACGUUGGCGGCUUCUUUGGCAACCCGGAUGCGGAGCUGCAGACGCGGUGGAACCAGGUGGCUACAUUCUACCCAUUCUUCCGCGGCCAUGCCCACCUCGACGCCAAACGCCGCGAGCCCUGGCUGUUUGGAGAGGAUGCCACCAGGCGCAUCAGGGACGCCAUUCGCGCGCGCUACGUGCUGCUGCCCUACAUCUACACCCUCUUCCGGCAUGCAAACACGACCGGCUUGCCGGUCAUGCGGCCGCUGUGGUAUGAGUUCCCAGAAGUGGAAGCCACCCACGGAGUGGACGACGAGUUCAUGCUUGGCCCCGCGCUCCUGGUGUCUCCCGUGCUGGAAGAGGGGGCGGAGAGCCGUGCGGUGUUCCUGCCAGGCAAGGGCCCCUGGUACAGCGCCAGGACUGGCGAGCCUGUGAAGCCGGAUGCUGGCGGCGCCCUCACCGUGCCUGUCACCAUGGACUCGGUGCCCUCCUACCUACGAGGCGGCCACAUCAUGCCCCUCAGAGAGCGCGCGCGGCGGAGCACGGCUGCGGCCAGGAAGGACCCCUACACUCUCCUGGUGGCCCUGGACAGCGAGGGGCAGGCAUCGGGCGACCUGUACCUGGACGAUGGCAGCAGCUUUGCCUACAAACGCGGCCUGUUCGCGCACCGCCUGUUCUCCUUCAAGGACGGCAUGCUCAGCAACCAGGAGCUGCCUGGCAAUCCCUCCCCGCCGCGCUACUCCACGGAUCUAGUCAUCGAGCGCAUCAUCAUUGUCGGCUUGGGGCACCCCGCGAAAUCGUUCUCCGUCAAGGAAGUUGGGACGGGCAAGGUGCUGCAGACGGGGGCAGGGCCCGUGGUGCAGGAAGCAGGAGUGCCCGAGCUGGCCUUGGUCAUUCGCAAGCCGGAGCUGCCAGUGACGGGCGACUGGUCUAUUCAGCUGUCUGUCACCGCUUGAAUGUGCAGUUCACCAUGAUUCUGUUGGUUCACAACAGGGUUGUUCUUCGCUGAAGUGACUUUGUAGGUGUACAGGUCUGGUAGAUGCAAUGUAUACUAUUCACCUAGAUGAUACUGACCAAGGGCUUGCAAUGUCUUAUGAGGAGCCUGUGCUCAUGAAAUUGAGGAGCCUGUGCUCCAUAACUGUGACAUUUUGUGUAGCAUUUCUACAUGUC